AGAAAUGGAGGGUGGAGAAUUGCAUAAAUAGUACUUGGUUUUCAUUUAUCUCCCGUUCAAGGCAGUUGUGGAAAGGUCUGGUCUGGUCUUACUAUCGCUUAAAAUUAUUAAGUACAAGUUUAUAACAUGGGUACUUUCACAAAAAUCCUGUUAGCAAGUAUAUGUGUUGCCUUCAUAGCCGUCAAGUGGAGUGCACCUAGUUUCAAUCCAGAAUCUCUCAGAGGUGCCAGGGUAUUGGUGACUGGAGCCAGUACGGGCAUUGGUGAACAAAUGGCAUAUCAUUAUGCCCGCUUUGGAGCCCAGUUAGUUAUUACAGCAAGGAGGGAGAAAGUGUUACAGCAGGUGGCAGAGAAGUGCUUGAGUUUGGGAGCCCAGAAAGCACUUUACAUAGCAGCAGACAUGGGCAGCGAGUCAGACCCCGAGAGAGUGGUAGAUUUUGCUCGGGAAAAGCUUGGAGGGUUGGAUUACCUGAUUCUGAACCACAUUGGCCCGAGCCCCUUCAGCAUGUGGGAGGGAAAUGUUGAACACGUCAGGUGGCUGAUGAAGGUGAAUUUCUUCAGCUAUGUUCAGAUGGCUUGGAAAGCUUUGGACUCCCUCGAGCAAAGCAAAGGGUCACUGGUGAUUGUUUCAUCACUUUUGGGUAAAAUUCCCAGUCCCUUCGUGGUACCGUAUACCUCAACAAAAUUUGCGGUGAACGGUUUCUUUGGGGCCCUUUACCAUGAGCUAGCUAUGAGGAAGAGUAAUGUGUCCAUCUCUAUAUGUACACUGGGGCUCAUUGAUACUGAUUCUGCAAUGGAGAAAGUCAGGGGAGUCACUGAUGUACCAGCAUACCCUGCCACAGAUGCAGCUUUGAACAUCAUCAUUACAGGAGCUACAAGACAGCCAGAGCUCUUCUACCCUUGGUUCACCCACAUUGUGAAUCUAAGCAAAGACUGGAUCCCUUCUGCCACAAGUUAUAUCAUCCAGAACUCCUACAAAUACAAUCCAUGAAAAAUAUUUAUCUGUAGUGCUGUUAUAAAUUUUCUCAAUC